GGGGGUUCCGCGUGGACUGGCUUGUUCGGGGUUCUCCAGCAUGGCCGGGCUAGCAGGCCCCGCGAAGCCGAGUCUGGCUUUGAACCCGCAGGAAGACUCGCAGUUUGAGAAGGCUCUGACGCAGAUCCAACGGCGCGCGAAGAAGCCUCAACAAAAGAAGAAAAAAAUUAACCGUGGAGUAGUUUAUCUGGGCCACCUACCUUCAACACUUUCUGAAAGCCACAUCUAUGACUACUGUGCCCAGUUUGGCGACAUUAGCAGAUUCAGAUUGUCUAGAAGUAAGCGGACUGGAAACAGCAAAGGCUAUGCCUUUGUGGAGUUUGAGUCUGAGGAUGUUGCCAAGAUAGUUGCAGAAACAAUGGAUAACUACCUUUUUGGGGAAAGACUUCUAUCAUGUAAAUUUAUGCCACGAGAAAAAGUCCAUAAAGACCUUUUUAACCAGAGGAAUGCUCUGUUUCACCAGCCAUCAUUUCCAGCAGUGAAACGCUAUAAUCAGAAACGAGGACAUUUGCAGAUGCUGAAGAUGGAGUGUCGGUUUAAGAAGAAGGAAAAAUUACUCCGGAAGAAACUAGCUUUAAAGGGGAUUGAUUAUAGUUUUCCCUCACUGGUCCUAAAUAAGCCAAAGAACACUGUUGUCACUCAUGGGGAUUCUGAGGUUAACCAGGUUUUACCUGACCAGAAAGAAGGGCUUUCAGGCGUACCUAGAAGAAAGGAGAAGAUGAUGAAAGGGGACAUUUCCAAUAACAUCCCCAAGAAGCGUAAGAAGUCUAGGAGGAAGAAGUUGUCUGUGGACAGCCAGGGUCCUACGCCAGUUUGUACACCGACCUUUUUGGAGAGGCGAAAAUCACAGGUGAUGGAAGUCAGUGGCGAUAAAGAUGAUGAAAUCAUUCUCAAGCUGCCCGUGCCCCCAGAGAAAGAAGACACACAAAAGACCCCAACAUCUGCAAGCCCUGGGAAAAAAAGACCGAGGAAAAGGAAGAGCAAGCAGUGAUCCCACCAGCGUUCUGCGCACAGUUGUAGGCAGAUGUGAUCUUGUUCUAAGGGACGACUGUAUUUUACUAGGUGCAGUGACAUGCAAGCACAGAUAAGACUAUUGGAGGAGGAAUGCGUGUUUGUUUUUCCAGUGAGGAAAGCCACCAGGAACCUGACUGUUUUGCCCUUCUCUGUCCUGAAUUUGUCUUCAGGCUUCAUCCAUCCCUUACUUUUACUAUCCUUAUAAAACUCAGGCUUAACUACCACCAACAGUCCGUGUCGCCUAUCGGUGCUGUUUGGACUGUGUGUGGUUGUGUAUAUAAAUCCCCCAAAAAUAUGUCAGGCUUCAAUCUCAGGCAUCUGAAACUGGAAGUUAAAUCCAGAGUGAGAGGGCAGUUCAAGUGUGAAUAGAUUUACAUAUGUGUCCAGGAGCUGAGGAGGAAUCGAAAUGACCCACAGUUAUUGCAGCUAAGCUAGUGUGCAGGUUUCACAAAUCGGUUUCAGCAGUUGUAUUGAAGAUUCAGUGACCAGACUUUUCUGCAGUUUAUUUGUGUACAAGAGAACCUAAGAACUUUGGGGGGAAAUAAGACAUGUCACCAUCUCCAGUUGUAUGUUUCUGUGCCCUUUCUAUGCUUUUGUUUUGCUAAUUUGGGUUCAUUGAAUAUAACUGUCAAUCUCCUUGAA